UCUCUGAACCAUGAGAUAUGUAUUUGUGGUAUGAUACUUUGGAUCACUAGAGACCUGUCUGUAAGAAAGAGUUGGUUACAUCAAGUGUUGUGUCUGAGUGAGACUGGUUUACGCAUGCAAGUCGUUAUUUCACAUAAGGUGAUGGCCUUUUAGCUCUGGAUAGUUAUGGCUAAAGCCUUUAGGGAAAAUAUUAACAGUUGUUAAUGUGACCUUGUAGCUGUAUAGAUAAAAGCUUGUUUUGUUUAAGUGCUGCUGAUUCUACAAGUGGAGUUUUGGAAUUGCCCCUAUUCUGGAAGAAGAUACAGAAGUUGGCUCACAGUUUGGAAGCAGAUUUGUAAAUCAUCCUAUGCUUAUUACAGUGCAGAGAAUAGGAUGCACCAACAGAAGUUUACUGUCACUCCUGUGUUGCACUAUGCUAUAGUGAAACCAAGUUAACUGUACUGACUAAGUACAGCAAAGUGUGGGGUCACAAGGGGGAAAGAUGACUCACAGGGCUGGUAUCUAGUCUUCAUCUUUACCUGUGAGGAAUGUCCAAACAGUGUUACACUGUUGUCCUGUAGCCCUGUAGAAGGAACUGGGAAUUGCCUACAGUGAGAUGCCACUCUUGAGUUUCAAGGAAUUUUCAUUUCUUACAUUUUACCCCUAUUUCUUCUGUGCAAUUUUAGUUUGAGGUUGACUUUAUAGAGUUGUGGGAGUUUUGCGUAGACUAAUGCUCUGUGUGACACUUUAUCUCUACCGAUCAAAGCGUGUUGCCAGCAGAUAGAAUGUAAUAUAUAAUACGUCAUCUCGUCUCACAGUUGAGUUUGUGAUAGCAAAAACUUUGAAGACAACUUCUGACCUCUGCCCGUGCCUGACGCCCAUACAUUGCGAGAAGAAGUCUUUUUAAGACAGAGUUUUCUGGGAAAAAUGAAUGUUAGGAUUUUGCAGGAAAUAAACAUCUUCCAAAAAUGAGAGAAGGAGCAAGAAAGGGAAGAACAGUUAAUGGAAGACAAGAAAAGGAAGAAAGAGGAUAAGAAAAAGAAGGAAUCUGCUCAGAAGGUCACAGAUCAAAAAACCAAAGUGCCCGAAGUGACGAAACCAAGCUUAAGCCAACCAGUGGCUGCCAGCCCAAUUGGCAACUCUCCAUCGCCACCAGUCAAUGGUGGCAACAAUGCCAAAAGGGUGGCAGUGCCGAACGGACAACCGCCAAGCGCCGCCCGCUACAUGCCUCGGGAGGUGCCGCCGCGAUUCCGUUGCCAGCAGGACCACAAAGUGUUACUGAAACGUGGGCAGCCCCCUCCGCCAUCCUGUAUGCUCCUUGGGGGUGGAGCAGGGCCUCCUCCCCCAACAGCACCAGGAGCAAACCCAAACAACGCACAACCAGUGACAGGAGCACUGCUGCAGAGCGACAGUGGGACUGCAACAGAUUCAGCAAUUGGAGGUGCUGCUGCUUCAAAUUAUGCAAAUUCCACUUGGGGUCCUGGAGCCUCCUCCAACAGCGGCACCAACGCCAACCCAACUCACAUCUGGGACAAGGUGAUUGUAGACGGGUCUGACAUGGAAGAGUGGCCUUGUAUUGCCAGCAAAGAUGCUGAGUCUUCUUCCGAAAACACCACCGAUAACAACAGUGCCUCGAACCCUGGCUUGGAGAAGAAUGCUCUGCCAGGAAGCACCACUAGUAACAAAGGAAAAGGAAGCCAGUGCCAGUCUGGAAGCGCUGGAAACGAAUGUAAUCUUGGGGCCUGGAAAUCUGAUCCCAAGGCUAAAUCUGUUCAAUCUUCCAACCCUGCUGCCGAGAGUAACAAUGGACUAGGUAAUUGGAGGAACUUGAGUGGACAAGAUAGAAUCAGUCCCAGUACUGGCUUCAGCAACUUUAACCCAAAUAGCAACCCGUCUGCUUGGCCGGCACUGGUUCAAGAGGGCAAUUCUAGGAAAGGGACUUUGGAAUCUGAUAGUGGUAGCUCCAAUGCACAGAUUAGCACAAUAGGUCAGACCUCUAGGGAACAGCAGUCAAAGAUGGAAAAUGCGGGUGUUAACUUUGUCUCUGGCAGAGAACAGGCUCAAAUUCAUAACACUGAUGGACCAAAAAAUGGAAACACUAACUCCUUGAACUUAAGUUCACCAAACCCUAUGGAGAAUAAGGGAAUGCCCUUUGAAAUGGGCUUGGGGAACCCUUCCAGGAGCACUGACACCCCUUCACAAAGCACUGGAGAAAGAAAGACUGGGAGUGUUGGAUCUUGGGGUACAGCUAGGGGGUCUUCUGGAACUGACACAGCUUCUGGACAGAGCAAUUCUGGAAACCAUGGGAACAAUGGAAAGGAUAGAGAGGACUCCUGGAAAGGAGCUUCUGUUCAAAAGCCUAAUGGGUCAAGAAGUGAUUCUUGGGAUAACAAUAACCGGUCUACGGGUGGUGGGUCUUGGAACUUUGGCCCUCAGCAUGCAAAUGAAAGCAAAUGGGGUGAAGGGAACAAAUUAACAUCUGGGGUCUCUCAGGGAGAAUGGAAACAGCUGUCUGGGUCUGAUGAACUGAAGAUUGGAGAAUGGAGUGGUCCAAACCAACCAAAUUCUAGCACUGGAGCAUGGGACAAUCAAAAAGGCCACCCUCUUCCUGAAAACCAAGGCAAUUCCCAGGCUCCCUGUUGGGGAAGAUCUUCCAGCUCUGCAGGAAGUGAGGUUGGAGGUCAAAGCACUGGAAGCAACCACAAAGCAGGAAGUAGUGACAGUCACAAUUCUGGACGCCGAUCAUACAGGCCUACACAUCCUGAUUGCCAGGCAGUCUUGCAGACUUUACUGAGCAGGACUGAUUUGGACCCCCGAGUGCUUUCAAACACUGGCUGGGGCCAAACCCAAAUUAAGCAAGAUACCGUGUGGGAUAUUGAAGAGAUGCCGCGGCCCGAGGGGAAGUCUGAUAAAGGAACUGAGGGGUGGGAGAGCUCUGCCACACAGACAAAGAACUCAGGGGGCUGGGGCGAUGUACCCAGCCAAAGCAAUCAAAUCAAGUCUGGAUGGGGUGAGCUCUCAACCCCAACGGAGUGGAAGGACCCCAAAAAUACUGGAGGAUGGAAUGACUAUAAGAACUCCAAUUCUUCUAAUUGGGGAGGAGGAAGAACAGAAGAAAAAUCAUCUUCCUCUUGGAAUGAGAAUUCCAGUAGUAAGGAUCAGGGGUGGGGUGGACGGCAGUCUAAUCAAGGAUGGUCUUCUGGAAAGAACGGUUGGGGAGAGGAAGUUGACCAAACAAAGAACAGCAACUGGGAAAGUACAGGAAACAAGCCAGUGUCUGGUUGGGGUGAAGGUGGGCAGAAUGAGAUUGGAACUUGGGGUAAUGGUGCAAAUACAACCGCUGCUUCAAAAGGUGGAUGGGAUGAUUGUAAAAGAACUUCAACGUGGAAUGAGACGGGUCGACAACCCAACUCCUGGAACAAGCAGCAGCAACAGCACCAGCAGCAACAGCAGGAGUCUUCUGGUUCCUGGGGUCCACCGCCCCAAACUCCAAGUAAUGGGCGACCUCCAAACCCAAACUGGAACAGCGGACCACAGCCAGCUGCCCCCAAAGAGGAGGAGCCUAGUGGCUGGGAAGAACCUUCUCCACAGUCAAUCAGUCGGAAAAUGGAUAUUGAUGAUGGCACUUCAGCGUGGGGAGAUCCUAGCAGUUAUAACUACAAGAAUGUGAACCUGUGGGACAAGAACUCACAAGGAGGACAGGCCCCACGGGAGCAGAGCCUGCCUACUCCAAUGACUAGCAAAUCACAAGCAUCAGUCUGGAGCAAAAGCACUCCACCUGCUCCAGAUAAUGGUACGUCCGCCUGGGGUGAGCCAAAUGAAACAAGUCCCGGGUGGGGUGAAGUAGAUGAUACAGCAGCAUCAACAACAGGCUGGGGGAAUGCACCUUCCAACGCCCCGAAUGCCAUGAAAUCUAGUUCUAAAUCUAUGCAAGAUGGCUGGGGAGAGAGUGAUGGGCCAGUGACAGGAACACGUCAUUCCAGCUGGGAAGAGGAGGAGGAGGGAGGAGUCUGGAACACAGCAGGCUCUCAGGGAAGCAGUUCCUCCCACAACUCAACAAGCUGGGGGCAAGGAGGAAAGAAAACACAAAUGAAGUGCGCAUUAAAAGGAGGAAAUACUGAUUCAUGGAUGAACCCUUUAUCCAAACAGUUUUCAAAUAUGGGCUUGCUAAGUCAAACUGAGGACAUUCCAGGCAGUAAGAUGGACUUGUCUGUAGGUGGUCUCCCAGAUAAGAAGUUUGAAGUAGAUAAACGAACCAUGAAUCUCGGGGAUUUUAAUGACAUGAUGAGAAAGGAUCGAUCUGGGUUCCGUCCAUCUAAUUCCAAAGACAUGGGAACCACAGAUAGUGGGCCUUAUUUUGAGAAGCUGACUUUGCCUUUCUCCAAUCAAGAUGGGUGCCUUGGGGAUGAGGCUCCCUGCUCUCCCUUCUCCCCUUCUCCCAGCUACAAGCUGUCUCCCUCUGGUUCCACACUAUCCAACGUCGGCCUUGGGGCAAUCGGCUCAGGGCUCAGUCCCCAAAACUUCGCUGCUAGACAAGGUGGCAAUCAUGGUUUGUUUGGAAACAGCACAGCACAAUCGAGGGGCAUGCACACACCAGUGCAGCCACUAAAUCCUUCCCCCAAUAUCCGGGCGCAAGUGCCUCCCCAAUUUCUUUCUCCCCAGGUUUCGGCCUCCAUGCUCAAACAGUUUCCCAACAGUGGCUUGAAUCCUGGUCUUUUCAAUAUGGGCCCCCAGCUUUCUCCACAACAGAUUGCCAUGCUGAGCCAGCUUCCACAGAUUCCCCAGUUUCAACUAGCAUGUCAGCUCCUCCUUCAGCAGCAGCAGCAGCAGCAACUGUUACAGAGCCAGAGGAAGUUAUCUCAAGCUGUGCGGCAACAGCAGGAGCAACAGAUUGCUCGUAUGGUCAGUGCCCUCCAGCAGCAGCAGCAGAGGCAGCCUAGCAUGAAGCAUUCACCAUCUCACCCUGUUGGGCCUAAGCCACAUUUAGACAGCAUGGUACCCAAUCCUUUGAAUGUGGGUCUCUCAGAUUUACAGACCAAAGGGCAAAUACCUGGAUACGGUUCAGGCUUUGGCUCAAGUGGAAUGGAUUAUGGCAUGGUGGGAGGGAAAGAGGCUGGAACAGAAUCCCGCUUUAAGCAGUGGACUAUGAUGGAAGGGCUGCCCUCUGUGGCUUCACAAGAUGCCAAUAUGCACAAAAAUGGUGCAAUAGUGCCCCCCGGUAAGGCUCGUGGAGGAUCGCCCUACAACCACUUCGACAUAAUUCAGGGCGACCCACUGGGUGGCCAUGCAGGCCCUGCUGGUGAUAGUUGGUUACCUGCCAAAUCUCCACCAACAAACAAGAUUGGAAGCAAAUCCAGCAAUGCCAGCUGGCCUCCAGAGUUCCAACCAGGAGUGCCAUGGAAAGGUAUACAAAACAUUGACCCUGAAUCUGACCCCUAUGUGACCCCUGGAAGUGUGCUGGGGGGGACAGCCACAUCUCCCAUUGUAGAUACUGACCACCAACUUCUGCGGGACAACACCACAGGGUCUAAUUCUUCCCUCAACACCUCGCUGCCUUCACCUGGUGCCUGGCCCUACAGUGCCUCUGACAAUUCCUUCACCAACGUUCAUAGCACUUCAGCAAAAUUCAGUGAUUACAAAUCAACAUGGUCCCCAGAUCCCAUAGGACACAAUCCCACUCAUCUCUCCAGCAAGAUGUGGAAAAACCAUAUUUCCUCAAGGAACACUACAGGGCUGCCCCGCCCGCCUCCUGGCCUGACCAACCCCAAACCGUCAUCUCCAUGGAACAGCACAGCAUCCCGAUCGGUCAGGGGCUGGGGGGCACAGGACUCAAGGCUUGGCUCUGGUGAGAAGAAUCAACUGAUAGCACCAUUGAUCAGACCUGAGGAGUGUACGUUUUACGGCACUAAUGGUUUGGAGGAAAGAAAGUUGCAGUUGUCUGCAUCUACUUGGAGUGAUGGUGGCUCAGUUCGUCCUAGCUACUGGCUGGUUCUUCACAAUCUCACUCCACAGAUUGAUGGGUCAACCUUGAGGACGAUCUGCAUGCAGCAUGGCCCACUGCUGACAUUCCAUCUGAACCUGACCCAGGGCACCGCCCUUAUCCGAUAUAACACCAAACAGGAGGCGGCCAAGGCCCAGACUGCACUGCACAUGUGUGUGUUGGGAAACACUACCAUCCUGGCUGAGUUUGCUACAGAUGAAGAGGUUAGUCGCUUUCUGGCACAAGCUCAGCCCCCUACACCUGCAGCAACCCCAAGUGCACCCACAGCAGGCUGGCAGUCCCUGGAGACAGGACAGAACCAGACAGAUCCAGUUGGACCUGCUUUGAAUCUCUUUGGUGGGUCAACAGGGCUUGGGCAGUGGAGCAGUGGUGGCGGCAGCAGCAGCAGUGGGAGUGAUCUCACUGGCGCUUCGUUGUGGGGGCCCCCAAACUAUUCUUCAAGCUUGUGGGGGGUCCCAAGCGUAGAGGAUCCACACAGAAUGGGCAGCCCUGCUCCCUUACUACCUGGAGACCUUCUGGGAGGAGGGUCGGAUUCAAUCUGAACUUAGAACUUUCAACUCUGACCUCGUGACCUUUUUUGGAACAGCAGCAGCACUAACUUGACCUUUUCGUUUUUUUCAACUUGCAAUAAAUACAUUUAUAAAAGGAAAAAAGAAAACGGAGAGAGAAAAGAAAAAAAGGUGGGUCAUUGACAGACUGUCUGAGCACAUAGUUGCCUCCCUUAUAUAACUUCAGUUUUUUCGUUUGGAAUAUGAAUCCAAAAAGAGAACAUAUCACUCUUGAAAUACUUGAAUCAUGAACGCCAACUUAGAAAGACAAUGUGAAGCAAGUACACAUACCAUUUAAAUUUAAACACAAAAAAUUAAAAAAAUUAGUUUCUAGUUUUUCACUUUUUCAUGUUAUACGGAAGUUGUUGCUAAGAAACAUAUAUACUGAAAAAAUAGCUUUUUAACUUUGUUUGCACUGGGUGUGUUUCCGUCCUUAGGUCUACCAUGUUGGGUUGGGGUAGGGGAGGGUUUCAAAAGCAAAAUGGGGUGGGGGGGAGGGGAAGACUUGACGGAGCCUCACUUUAAAAACAAAAAAAAAAAUUAAAAAAAAAUUAAAAAAGUAAAAAACCCACCAAAAAAAAAAAAAAAAAAAAAAAGAAAAAAACAGAAAAAAAAAACCCCAACAAAAAAAAAAAACCAACACUUUGUGAUUGGCUGGUUGAUAAGUACCAGUGUGUUCUGGCACAUGUAACUGCCCACGUGUGCUUGUUUCUGUGUGAGUGUGUGUGCACAUGUUCGUGUGUGUGCAUUUUUUUCUCUCUAUAUAUAAUCUUGAAACGCUGCAUUGCUGAUGGUCUACGGGCUGGCUGGCCAUCUGCAUGUCUUGAUUCUGAAAACAAGACGGGCAUGGUGGAGUCCCUGUGGCUGAAGCAGAAUCCAGUUGGGCUGGAUUAAAAUUUGUCAGUAGGUUUUUUUAAAUUCAUUUUAGCAGGGUGCUAUCUCAAAUCUGCAGAUCAUAUUGAGUGGGUAGUUGCUUCCUGGCCCUUGUUCUAACCCUGUGGUAGAGCAGAACACUGCCAUAUCCAAAGGAUUUGUUGAGAGGGGAGCUAAUGUUGUCUUUUGAGUAGCAGUGUAUUUAUUUAUUUAUGUCUGCAUGUGGGGUUUUUGUACUGAGUGAACCCUAGAAUGUUUGUUAUAUAAUGCAAGCCAUUUUUUUUCUUCCAACGAGGGGGAAAGAGGAGUAAAUAAGACAUUGCCAUUUUUUGUGCAGCUAAGUCAAAUGCUCUUAUUCAGUCUCUCACAAGCUUCAGUACCUUUAAAAAAAACAACAGUGUUUCUUUUCUCCUCGAAACCUAUAUAGGCACCCAUACUCAUUCUUGAAGACUCCGUCAAAAUCUUGAAAGUCCAGCCCAACCAAAUUAGCCUUUUAUUUGAUUGACUGCUUGUAUUAAAACUGACAAAAACCAAAUGGUGUCAGCAAAUCGCUGGCCGGCCUGCCUCAUCUCCUGAAAGCACAUGCAGCUAACUCCUUUCUACGUCCUUCAUGGUGAGCGUUACCUGUGCCAGGCCUUGGUGUAUUACAGCGCCAGACCAUCACUGACAGAAACGUUUACUUACGAAUGUUCUUAAACCAGUGUGUACUUCAAAGGUUUCCUUUUGUUUCUCUGUGUUGUGUUUUUUCCUGUGUACGUGGUUUUGCUUAGGGAGGUAUAUAACUAGCAAAGACUUUUUUUUUUUUUUUUCUUUUUUAAGAAGUAUUGCACCUUUUUGUUUUUUGUUUUUACUUUUUCUGUACUGUUGCUUUUUAAUUUCUGUAUUUAAGGAAAGGUUUGGGGUUUUUUUAGCAUCAGUAUAGUAGUACUCUGGGCAGGAUAGGGGUGACCUGUAAUCCACAGUGAUAGCCAGUGUGUGCGUGCAUGUGUGCGCUGGGAACAAAACUUUUCAGACCUGUUGUGAAAAAGAGUUGUAGCAGACUUGAAGGAACAUCCCUUGACAUAAAGUGAGAGGUCUUUCAGGGGGGGUGGGGAAGGGAGUGGGCCUGGGAGAAGAGGGAAGAGAGAUGCCGGUACUUCUUCCGUAAGUGCUAGGACUUCCAUGUGGUGUUGUCUAGCUGUUAUACUGUCUAACAAAGUGCCGACAUUCUGUACCAGCACAUACCUGUCCAUUCCAGCCCUCAGCGGUAGCAGUGCGCGGGCUUUAUUACCUGGGGGGGGAGGAUAGGGGAGUCUUUCUUCAGCAUUUUCAUUGAAGGAUAUGACAGUGUCUAAUACAUUUAACUCUAAGCAUGGGUAGGGUGGGAAGAAGCAAAAGCAGAUUCAAGUAAUGUAUAAGGGUGGGUGUGUGCGUGUGUGUGUGUAUGCCUGUGCAGGGGGUGGGAGGGAAGAGCUAGGGAGUUAGGUGGCUUUUUUUAAUUCGCCCUUUCUAUGUAAACCCAAUGUCACAAGGAAGACUGAGGGAAAUGCUGCAUAUACACAUGCCUGUAGAUUUGUAUGCAAAGUGUUACGUGACAAAAAGUACGAGUAGGUUUGUAUUUGCUUAGUAAACUGGAGUGUGCAGCAUACUCUGGCCCCUUCUGAAUAUACUUUUCUAUCAUGUCUCCUCCUUCAUCCAUCCCACCAUGCACAAAGAAACAAAAUGCUCUCUUCCAGCUCCUGCUAGCUAGUGCCCCUCGUGUGCACACAUCCAUGCAGCUUUGUUUCUGCUAGUCUCUGCUCGAAGACCAGCCAUGCUCAGACACGCAGAACAGGUUCUUAAAAGUCCUGUGCCAGCAGUACUUCCUAGCGAAGCACCUUUGGCCUGAGUAAGCCAGUAUCCGUUCUGUCACAUGAUUUGCUAUACAUGCUGGUUCAUUGCUGUGUUCCACCCUCACUUCUCUCUCCCAACCUACCCUAAGGUCCCUUUUCCUGCACUUUGGGCUAGUUGAGUUCAUUGCGAUACUACGGUGAAAGCCGGGUGCUAGAGCCCCUCUUGUUUACAAGACAUAAUGAGGGAUUUGAAAUAUUUAAAAAGAAAAGCUAAAUUGUUCUUCCAUUGUAAGCUUAAAGGGAAAAAAAUUAAAACGUACAAAAAAAAAAAAAAAGACCAAAAAGUGCAUAUAUAUAUUUUAGAUGAAGACUAACUCUGGGAGCAUUUAACAGUGUUUUUGUUUUUAUUUUAACAUUUUAUUUUCCUGCUUUAAAUUUGCAAGCAUUCUCAGGAAUUCUAGGGUAGGAAGCCAGUUUUUUGAAGAUGGUUUAUUUAACCUUAUCUUAUCCUAGAUAGAUGGCUGUUUCUUGUUGAUAAACUUUUACAAGUUCCUGAAUCUUCAAAAUGUUUGAAAGUUUUUACUUUAAAAUAAAAAUUCUAAAAAAAAAAAAAAAUAAAAAGAAAAAGAAAAAAAGAAAAAAUCUCCAAAUGUUACUGUCAAGGGGGGAACAAGAAUUUUAAAGACUAUAAAAUACAUUAAGAAAACUUCUCAAUAUCAGCAACAGAAAUUCAUUGUAAUCUUAAGUUGUGGGAGAAGAAGGGUUAUCAUUUAUAGUGCUUUGUUACUCAUGCAGAUAUGUGCAGUUGCAGGGAGAAGUGUAUGAAUGGAAACCUAUCACUUUGUUCCCUCUUGAUUGAAAGUAAAUGAAAAUAUUCUUCCAAGCACCUUUUUAAAAGCAAAGUGAAACUAUAAACCUAAUUAAAAUGCAGUAUAGUUUAGCUGAAAGAGUCCUCAGUUAGGAGGACUAGCAGGAAAUACAUGAUGGUGCUUCUUUAAACCACUUUUAAGUAGUGCUAAAGAAAACCAGUGCUGACGGAAUACCCAGUAAUGAAGUAGAUUUAUUAUCCUGCCUUUUUCAGUACAGAAGAGGGAGGGAAUAUGUAAAAACUCCAGUAAAAUGUACAUUAGAAAUGAGCUUUUCUGUUUUCACCUAUUUGGUCAGUUUUAUUCCCCACUUGGAGAUUUGCUGCUUGCUUUUCUUCACCCACCCCACCUCCCAGUCUUUCUGUUAUAUUUUCUAUGAGGGGAAAAUACCUGUUAAACUCUUCUGUUCACCCUAUUGCUGCUGGCUGUCAGGGCUUACAGUCUUGAACUUCAGAGUUCGGUGUUGGUUAUGGCCAACUUCUGUCUCCCAGCUCUAAGGGUCAGGGGCUUAACUCUGCCUGAAAUGGCUAGGCUCAAACCACAAAAACCGCGCUAGUGCCUUUUUACAUGCACCCACAUGCCCUACAGUAGGGAAAGGGAGGGAAGACGAGGCAAAGUGAGGCAGUAUAGCCACUUGAUGGAAGUAGAUGUUCCGGUUCUUAAGGAAAAGAGCAUACUGCGUUAAGCACGUCGUGCAAUGAGUUAUGAAACAGUAGUUGAGUUAACUUUUUAUUACUAAAAAAAAAAAAAAGAUGCCAAAUUCUGUCCUUUUCAUAUCAGUUGCCCAGUGUUUUCAUGUUGCGCUGCAUGUACAUCUGAGUGUAUACGUGUGUGUUGAAAAUAAUGCAUCAAUGAUAAUAAUAAUGUGCUUUAAAAAAAAUAAUCCUGUCAUGGGCCAGUAAAAGGAAGGUUUAUUUAGGGAGUUUGGGGGGUUAUUUUAUGGAGAGAAUUUGAGUGCUUUGCCAGAGGUGUUUUACCAAAUCUGCAGUGUCCUAAAAGAGAGGAAGCUGUAGGAUUUAGUCAAAAGGAGCCCAGGAACUUGACAGUCAUUUGGAAGCAGGUCAUGCUUGGCUGCCAAAGGGUUGGCAGCCUGGAGCUUUGACAGUCUGCUGGGUCCAAACCUAUCAUAGUACAACAGUCUGCUCCUCCUUUUGCUAAAUGUGCAGCCUGCAAAUGUUAGUGACUGUCUCCUUAGUGAUAUUUUUCCUAAAUCAUUAAAGCAACAUUAAUCUUAGACUUCUCCGACUGCAGUUGACAGUCGUUUUGUUCCACUCCAAAUUACAUGUAGCUAAUGACAAUGUUGCUCGUAUGGCUUAGUCAUGGCACUUCUAACCAUUGCAAGUGAUUUCUGAGCACCGUGCUAACUAGAUUCAUCUUCUGGGGACAACCAACACUCAAUGUAGUAAAUAAUUCUGCCACCAUUUGAGCUCAUAACAGCUAAAAGUCAGCAGGAAUUGAUGUUAGAGUACUUCUGGGCUUUUACAGAACUGUUCCAGGGAGGGAAUCAGUGGCAGCAUCUUGUUUAAACAUACCGACAAAGAAGGUGGUGAAAAGAGGAUGGGGAAAGCAGAGCUUGGAAUAGGCUAUAGGCAUCUCUUUCCAGAGAAUAAGCAAACAUAACACCGUUCACUGAAAAACACUUUUUACUUUUUCAAGUGACAAACAGAACUCUUUUUAUUAUUUUGUUCUUAGUUUUGGUUCUUCAGGUUAUACAGUUUAAACAUACACAUACUCUACAGGUGGUUUCAGCAUUCCAUUUUUUUUUUUUUCCUUUUUGAAUCCUCCAGUGCUUAUUUUGUAAAGGGAAAAAACAUAAAUACGUUUUAGCAGUCUUUUAAGCAAAUACCCAUUUGUUACCAGCCACUUUGCUUACCCCACCCUGCAGUGUGUAUCAAGCUGAGAAUUUUUGAAUGGGUUUGAUCUCUUCACUGUAUUUCAAUAUUUUAUUUUAGCAGUGAAACAAAGUCUAGCAAGGAGGAGGAAAAAAAAAGGUGGGGUACAGCUCAGAAACCUGUGCUGAGAACUCUGGCAUUUACUUUGGAAAGCAGCUGUAGUACUGUGUGCUUUGGAAGACAUGCCAUCUUUUCCUGAUGUUUUUAUACUUUUACCUGGACCCUUGCCCGGCAGUCUGGAGAGUGGGGGUUUUGUUAGUUUGGGGGUGUUUUUCCAAUCACAGGGCAUCAGGUUUUCCUUAUAUGAGUUUUUUAUUUUGCUUCAUGUUAAGUGGCUUGGGUAAUGAGCAAGAAUAUUAAGCCAAGUGUGUUUUUCCUCUGCAGUAUAAACAGGAUGUUUUCAACAAACUGGCUGGAAUAACCACCUCAAGGAUUAAAUAAAAAGUGAACCUUUACAUUAAGUUGGCCUCCCCAUCCAUGAAAUUUCUAAACAUUUACUCCUUAGAACUUUUCCCCUAUUCUUUCUUCCUAAAAAUGCUGCCACAUCUUUCAUUGUGUCUCAGUAGUGCAUCUAAACAAUACUGUAGGGGGUUUUUUGCUUCAUUCUUAAUUACGUUUAGCUCUUAGGCUUCUAAUUUUGCUUGUGCAUAUUCUCUUCCUGUUGACUUUCAAAGGAGUUAUUUUUUGGGUAUCCGAGAAACCCAAAUUUGGCCAAGGCUUGUCCAGGAAAUCAGGAGUUAUCCUUAUGUGAUUUAGUCCCACUGACCUUAAAUGAAUGAGUACUGCUUGGGGAAGGGCUCUUUGUGUAAUAAACCCUAGCUGGACCAGGGCCAAGGUAGCACAUGAGGACCUGUUGUAUUUCCAGUGCAGCAAACAUCUGUGUUGCAUAUAUCACAUUCACUGUAAAUCAUGUGACCUUAGUAUCCAGGUUUCUCAAGUGGAUUGAAAUGCUGGGUUUGUGGUGGAUGGUUAUUAGCAUCUCAGGGUAGGAGUCCUGACUGAGUAAAAGGUAGUUUUUUCUCUCUGAAGAGGUAAGGUUCCCCUGGCAGAAGCAGCUUUCUUAAUUGUAAAUAUGCAUGCAUGUAUUUGUGGGCAGGAAAGUAAUACAAAAAAAAACUAAGUUGAAAUGAAUUCUAGAAAAUAAACAACAAAACAAAAAACCAAAAAAAUGCUGUUGAAGUGCAACUUUGGUCCUGAGUCUGAAACAACAUAUGCAGAAUCUGUUGGUUUGUCUAAAUUGAUUUUGCACAAAAUACCAUUUCUGUUCCGUAGUUUAUUUGCUACUAUUGUAGUGUUAGGAACUGAUAGUCUUAGAUCCUAUCAGUUAUUCCCACUGUGGUCAAAAUACAAAUGUCUAAAACCCAAACUCUCUUCCGUUUCCUUCACCUCCAGUACUAGGCUUCCACCUGUGGCAGAAGGAUGGCAACAUUAAUGGGGAGAAAUAAGUAAAGUUUCCCAGUGUAGACAGAGCUGGUUUUCCCUGUUGUCCUGAAUUCACAUCCAGACCUAAAACACAAAGCAAAAAUUACGCUGUAGCAGAGUUGUUGGUUGGCCUAAAUGACAGGGGCCUAACUGGAGAUUUUUAGCAGCCUUGCUAGUUCAUGUCACUCACAAUGUUUUGCAGAAGUGUCCCAUCACUGUAAAUACCAGUGUUGCUGAAUUUUACCAAAGUUCCCCUGCAGCAGAUAAUAGAAACUAGGUCCAUUUUUGUAAUGACUCGCCAAGCAGAGCUUUGUCUACAGUAGAAUUCAAGGGUCUGUCUCCGUUGCUGUUAAAACUGAGUCAGGGUCCUGUUUAAAAUAUAGCUCUCUAUUUUGUGGUGUUAUGUGAGACUUUAAACUUUGUGAUGUAGUAACUAUAGCUUCUAAUCCUUAUAUGAAAAGUGAUUUAAGGUUUUAUCUGUGCUACAAAAAGCGCCACAGCUCCCAGUGGUUUGGAGCCUAUUUUUAAAACUAUUGUCAGGCCAAGACAGAUGCAGCUUCAUCUGUGGCACGCAGCAGACAACAUCCGUUUGCAUCCAUGGUUUGCGUGCGUGUUGCUUUUCAUUGAGCUAUGCAGGAAAGUUGUUCUCUCAAAGUCUCCCAGACUCCUGUGCUAUGUAAGCAAGCUUCUAGCAAAUCAGGUACCCUCUGCAAAGAGCUAUUUUCGCCCCGUAUGUUUGACAGUUGGGACUGGUGACAUUCAGCAGUGUUAGGGCUCCUGUUAACAUUGUAGUGAGAAAGGGAGUUCCUUGACUUGACUCUGACAGCCUUUCUGUUAAUGGAUACAGAGCACUCCAGAGGAAAAGGAAACAAAAGGGGGGGAGGGGGGAGGAAGAAUGCAUUGUGCCAGCCAGCGUUAAGUAUUUUUGCAGCAAACAUUCUAGAGUGAGAGGGGAAGAGAAGAGACUGGAGAAGUUUGCAUGGAUGCGCAAUACAAGGAGGCACUGAAUGCCUCCUCUUGGGUAUUAGUGUGUUGUUGCAUUCACAGAAAUAAUUUCCUCGUUUUUUUUAAAUCUGUUCUGGUUUGUUGUUUUUUUUUAAUUGAGACAUAGUGGAAACUUCUCCUGUUUCAGAUGAAACACAACCAUAAGUGAACAUUGUCUUCAUCAUUUACUGUUGAGCAGUAAGAGCAGGUUGCACAGCUUGUUAGAAUAGCUAUUUUAGUGACAUGGUUAUGAUAUUAUGUGCUUUCUUUCCCCUUCCUCUCCCUGCCAGAUAUGGUUUACCCUUUCUAUAUAAGGCGCUGUGUGGGUUUUUUUGUUUUGUUUUGGGAACGUGUGGAGAAGAAGCAAAAUGAAGUGAAAAUGCAAGCCAAGGUAGAACAGCCUUACUUUAGGGGGUAGCCUUACAACAGAGCUUUAUAGUGAGUGUGCUGUAUUCCAAAAUAUGUAAGCCAAAAACAAAAAAAAAAAAAAAGCAUUCAUUUAUGCAAAAAAAAAUUUAAAAAGAGGUGUUGGAAGACUUCUUUAAUAUUUACCUUCUAAAGGUAGAGUAAGGUCUCACCAAGUGAUACAUUAUUGUGAUAUUUCUUGCUGGGUCAGUAGGGAUGGGUUGGGGUAUAAGCGCUUAACAUUUUCCUCCUAUGUUUUUACAAGCAGUAAGUUAAAUGUGGUAUUUAUGAAUGUGCCUUUGUGAGUAUAGUGACUGUCUAAUUGAGGAGACCACUUGGGCUGGAGGGGAGACAUUGGUCAAUUUAUUCUUUCAAGAGGUCAGAUACUGAGAUUGCAGCCCACUGGUCCCUUUUGACAAGCAGCAUCUUUGGGCUGGUCUCUACACUGCACAAUACGUAUUCAUAUGUGGUAGAGAUUGGGGGGGGUGGGUGCUAAGGGAUGUCAUGUGAUGCACAGAAGCUGUUGAUAGUUUUAGGCUAGUCUGCCAUUGCAGGUUGAGUUUGUAAAUGUAUUAUGUGGCUUCUCUUUAUGUUUGUGUGCAUGAGUGUGUGUGUGGCUUUAUUUUUUGUAAGCACUGGAGAAUUGAAACACAGUGAUGUUUGAGACAAAUUUAUACAUGUAGAGAAGAUGAUGUUUUGUAGCUUCUGUUAAAUAGUGGGUGCAGGCACACUUUUACCCUCUCUGUCCGUGUCCUGAUAAGAAAAACAGGAAAUUUUUUUUUUUUUUCAACCCUUCAACUUCCAGCACACUUAAUGUUGCCAUUUAAAUGAACAGGGUAUUACACAAGAAGAAAAAAAAAAGAAAAAAAAAAAAAAAAGAGUUUUUGAAAUGGUGAGGUAGAAGUGUUUAAAAGGAAAAAAAAUCUGAAGUAAUUUUUGUUUCUUUGAAGCUGUUUGUAGCUAAACAUGGGAAUCUGCAGUGUCUCCUUCCAUUUGUUUUUUUUAUUUUCCUAAUAAUUCACCUCUUCGUCCCACCCAAAACAUGAGGUGUACAAGAACAAGAGCUGUUGCUGUAGCCCUUCAUAAUUCCCACCCUGAAAAGAAACUCCAGUGGGAUUCCUCAGCUCUAUUCAGGAAGACAAAGAGAGGAGAGACUCUGCAGUUUUCUUUGCUUCGCUCUCAUUCCUCUCUAAUGGCCUUGAAAUGUAUUAUUAUGCAAAUGUGAAUUUUGAUACUGAACUUAAGAAGAGGUUGUUUGUUCUUUUUUCAAAAAAAAAAAAAGGUCCCAUAUGUGGUCAGCAUUGCUUCUUUAUUUUGUAAGUGAAUUGUAAACUAUGCAUUCUGCAAAGGGGGUGUAGGGGACAAAGAUAGCUUUGCUAAACUGUUAGGAGUUUCUGUGUCCAUGGUAUAUCUAUUAUAGUUUGGGGAAGUGGGGAGGUGAUGCCUUUGAAAUAAAAAAGAGUUGAAAAGAGCCUCUUUUUUUCAGAAGUUGGUCAAUAGGUAACUGGGCAGAGAUUUGGAAAACUAAUGUUGACUGCAAAACAGGAUCAGCUCUGAACCUUGUGCAGGGUUGUGAAUUCUAGCCGUGCAGUGUUAACCCAGAGCCAGCAGGGUGAAUGGCACACUAGCUCUUCCUGGGAAACUGUAUACCACCUCCUGUUUUCUGGCCCUUGUCAAGCUCAGGAAACACGGUGCCAUAGGCACUGUCUUUUUUGGAUUUAGUACUCAUUUUCCAUUACAGCAGUCCUUGUGCUCUUCCGGGAGAACUGAACACAGCAGGGUCUUGAUGUCUACACUUUCUUCUCCCUAAAAUUUUCUUCGCUGCUCUUUCUUGCACAGCUCAUACAGUGACAGCACAGGUAUGGACAAGAUGGUGGAGGUGGUACUUACUUCUAGUGCUCGUCAGAGCAUGACUGAGGACUGCGUUUUUUUAACAUAGCAGCUACCCGUGCUUUGUUGUCUAUACUGCCAGUGACUUGGCGUUAAUGUUGGCAGAGUGUGAAGUUUUAGGGAGAUUAGACUGAUGUAUAGACAAGGCCCUCUAUUUAAAAGAAAUGAUCCUUUUUUACUUGGGGUGGUAUCAUAAUAGUCGUGACAAAGGAUUCACUUCCUCACAUCUCCAAAAUGCAGUCAUUGUGAAUUAUGUGUGUUCCUUGAAGCUUGCUGAGCUUCCAGGAGCAGUCUCCUCAGAAGAAUGUAGAUGUCACUGCCCUCUUCGUCAUCUUAGUAGGGACCCUCUGACUUGACUUUUUCCAUUGUCCAUGGUGUACCAUGGUACUUGCAUUAUCCUUGGCAUUAUCUUAGAUGUAAUAUCAUAAACUGAGAGAUUAUCCUGCCUGUAUUCAGUGUUUUCAUGCAGCAAUUUUUUUGUUGAUGUUCACAGUACUGUAAUAAGUAAUAGACUUGAUGAUCACUCUCGCAUCUGUGCUUGCCUUGCAGAUGUGAUCUUAUCAGGGUUCCACUCUGUCAGAUUGCCUUUAAAAUAAAAAAGGAAAAAAAAAAAAAAAUCUGAAGUUUAAACUCACAAAAAUACCUCGUGGUACAUUUCCCAUUUCCCCCUCUGAUGUAACCUUUUAAAUCUUUUCUUCUAAACUCAGUGGGCUUUUACUUCCAUAUGUUAUCUCCUCUCAAAAAAGAUGAUUGAGCUAGUGGUUUUGAGCACAGGACCAGAAGCCUGGAACUCCUGAAUUUUAACAUCGGCCCUUACUCUUCCCUUGCCUUGGGCAAGUCAUUUAACUUAUUUGCCUUUGUUUUUUCAUCUGUAGAGCGGGGGUGAUAAUAAUGCUUACCUACCUCACAGGGGUUUUGUGAGGAUCAACUAGUAAGUGUUUGUAAAGUGCUUUAAAGGAAAGAAAAGCAUGGUUAGAAGUAUUAUGAGGUUUUUACAGCAAGAUCGCUCAUUUUUUUUCAUUGUUUGCUUGUGUGGAGGGAGAUAACUUUUUUUUAAACAUAUAUAUAAUGAUUUAAGCCAUCAAACACUCAAGAUCCUACAUAAUAGAAGUUGAUGGAGAUUCAGUUACUUGUAUUCCUCCUCUAUCUUUAUGCCAGUUUCCUUUUCCUGCUCUUCCUUACAUAGUUAUGCCAGUGUUGCUACAGGUCACAUGUCUCAAGUUGUACUUUUAGAUAAGCUUCAAACUUGACUGAAGUACUUGGAGCUUGCUGCUUCUUUCAUCAGAUCACCAAAUUGGAAUCAGUUUGUGUAUUUUCCCCUGCCUUCAAACAGCGUUUUUGAUAAUGUCAUCCUUCAAGUGGACAUGUCUUUUCCUGCCAUCAGGAAGGGGAGGUGGUGGUAGUGUGUAGUUCCAGAGAGGGGGCUGUAAUAUGAAGAACCUUGCCACUUUAUGCUGCUGCUCCAGGGAUGAAGGGCAGAGUAGCUUUCUGUUUCCUUCCCUGAAAUAAUUUCAGUGUGUUACCAGUCACACUUCAAAUGCAGUGUCUCUUCUUGUCCACGAUACGCGGAAGCCAUCACCUGCCAGAUAAAACGUAGGAACAGAGGGAAUGAUAGUAGAUGCUGCUUGUGUAUAUGCCUUACAGCUCUCCCAGGAUGUCUCUGGGAGGGUGGUGGGGGAAGAGGUCUGUGUUGGGUAAAUCCCACAGCUGUCAGGGAACCUCUGCUACUUUCUCCCCUCUCCAGUCAUGUGGUCGCUGUUUCUUCUUUCUUGGAUGUGCGUCUCAGGGAUGUGCAUAUGAGCCCAUGCCUUUUGGAAUUUGGCCUUUGAAAUAUCAAGAAUCUGGUUUCUAUACCUGAAACCUUCCUAUCUGACACUCCCUGGUCCUCUUGGUCCUGCAUUGCUCCCCGUGGCCUUAGGAACAUCUCUCCACUGUUGCCCUAUGCCACCCUGUCCAUCUUUGCCAGUACUCAAGGGGAAGCAAAUACAGUGAUUCUGCAGAGAAAGAAGUUGAAAUGAUGCAUGUGCACCUGUGGGAUUUACACAUAUACGUACCUUGGAUUUCUGCCACACCCUGUCUGAAACAUGCAGAAUACCUGAUGCACAGUGCUUUUUCUUUCUCAUCUAGAAAGCAGAACAAACAGCAGUAUGACUCUGCUGAUGGUAAUUCCGUAAUGUUUACUUUGAACUAAAUGCUAAGUAUUUUCCCCAAAGAACCAAAAAAACCCCACCUUCUAACAAAAGUAACCAAAUGUCAUCUUUCUGGAGGCGGGGAGGGGAAGGGGAGGAGGAAAAGCAGUGACGGGGGAGCAUUCUGAUCUAUUUUAAUCUCCACGGUUUGGAUGGAGAUGCGAAAUGCUGCUUUGAGUUCCACAAACAUAAGGGAUUAUGUUUACAAAGGUAAAUGCCUUCUACCUGUUCAGGAAACUGGCUAAUGGUGGGCAUCUGAUGUUUGGCGAGUUUCUCUUCAUUGCCAACAAGUAAUGGGAGAAGGGUGGAAGAGGAAUGGAGAAAUAGAUUCAUUUCAUCUAGUCUUCUUGGUAAAACAAUGCCGCCUUCCCCUCUCCUUACAAACUGGGGGGAGGAGGUUGCAGAACAGAAAAUCAUUGAUGUCCAAAAUGGCUGGAUUAGAAAAGGCAGCUUUUCUACUUUGCACAUAAAUAGGUAACAGGAAGGUACAGCUCAAGUCCUCUUGCCUGAAACACUGUCCCCCAGAAGCAGACAUUGUAAUAAUAAAGAUAGUGGCUGUGUGUAUAUUGAUGCUAUUUGCAAGUUACCUAUUAAGUGUUUAUUUUUUUUUUUUUCUUAUACUUGAAAUGGCUUCCUUUACUAAACUCUUCCGUAGCUCUGGUUUCUCCCCUCCUUCUCUAGCGUGCAGUAAAGAAAAUUACAGGAGAAACGGGGAGAACAUAGAGGACAUGACGCAGUGUCUCGCAUAUCCAGGUUUCAUCUUCAUUUCCAUCCCAUACCUUCGUUUGAACUUCCCAAGUUUGAACUUCCUAAGGGGUUUUCCAUGGACACAGAAACUCAGCACUUUUUAGAAGGUGCUCUUGUAUGGCUGGCUGCCCUCCCCCUCCCCCCUUCUCCUCCUUUUCUAUAUUUUUAUUUUACUUUUAGUAUAGUGGUACUUAAAAUCACUGGUUCACUUAAAAAAAAAAAAAAAGAAAAAAACAACAACAAUAAAAUGUUUAAACUCUACUAAUGUACAAAUAAGCUGAAAUGUUGCAUUUUAUGUGUAUUUUUGCCAUAGCAGGUACUGUAUUUCUCAUGCUGGAUUUAGAGAAAAAAAAAGAAAAAAAAAAGAGAAAAAAAACAACAAACAAAAGGGUGAUGUUUUAUUGGAGUGUGACAAGUUAAAGAGUAAUAAGGAAUUAAGUCGUCGUCAUUUCAUUGAAACUGAGAGAUGGUGUAAUACUUAUAUAAGUUUUCUGAAGGUUUUUUGGGGGGCUUUUAAACAGCUUUUUGUUUUUAUUUUAUUUUUAAUUUUUUUUUUUUUUUUUUUGGAAGAUAUGAUUGUAUUAUGUGCAACUCAGUUGCUUACAUUAUAACUACAAAAUAUUUUUGGGUUCCUGGAAAAAAAAAAAAAGAAAAAAAAAGAAAAAGACUAAUAAAUGUGUUUGGCUGCUAAGCAUUUAA